ACUCCCGGAACUGAACCCAGGCGGCGGGCGGCGGCGGCGGCGGGGGCCACGUCAGCGGGCGGCCCGGGGCUGUGCGGGCGGCGGGCGCCAUGCAGCGGGGCGCGCUCCUGGCGGGCGCCCUGGCCGCGUACGCCGUGUACUUGGUGCUGGGCGCGCUGCUGGUGGCGCGGCUGGAGGCGCCGCACGAAGCCCGGCUCCGAGCCGAGUUGGGGACACUGCGGGAGCAGCUGCUGCGGCGCAGCCCGUGCGUGGCGGCCCCGGCCCUGGACGCCUUCGUGGAGCGAGUGCUGGCAGCCGGACGGCUGGGGCGCGCCGCGCUGGCCAACGCGUCGGGGCCCGCCAACGCCUCGGACCCCGCCUGGGACUUCGCCUCGGCGCUCUUCUUCGCCAGCACGCUGGUCACCACCGUGGGCUACGGCUACACGACGCCGCUGACGGACGCGGGCAAGGCCUUCUCCAUCGCCUUCGCGCUCCUGGGCGUGCCGACCACCAUGCUGCUGCUCACCGCCUCGGCCCAGCGCCUGUCGCUGCUGCUGACCCACGCGCCCCUGUCCUGGCUGAGCUGGCGCUGGGGCUGGGACCCGCGACGGGCCGCGCGCUGGCACCUGGUGGCCCUGCUGGGCGUCAUCGUGACCGUCUGCUUUCUGGUGCCGGCCGCGGUCUUCGCCCACCUGGAGGAGGCCUGGAGCUUCCUGGACGCCUUCUACUUCUGCUUCAUCUCUCUGUCCACCAUCGGCCUGGGAGACUAUGUCCCCGGCGAGGCCCCCGGCCAGCCCCACCGGGCCCUCUACAAGGUGCUGGUCACAGCCUACCUCUUCCUGGGCCUGGUGGCCAUGGUGCUGGUGCUGCAGACCUUCCGCCACGUGUCCGACCUCCACGGCCUCACGGAGCUCGUCCUGCUGCCCAGCCCGUGCCCCGCCAGCCUCGGCGACGACAGGGACGAUCGGGUGGACAUCCUGGGCGCCGCGCCCGAGCUGCACCAGCACCUCUCCGCUGGCGCCCGCGCCGACUACGCCUCCAUCCCCAGGUAGCGGGCAGGACCCGACGUCCA